CUGUACCAAUAAUAAUGCUCAUGUAGAGAGAGAGAAUCAAUCACAGUCUGUCCAUCCAUCGUCGUCUUGUUGAGCUUCAUUGCCUUUCCAACUUCUUACCUAAUUAGUCCUGGGCCUUGGGCCUGGAAAACAGGCUUAUUUGUCGAACUCUGGCCUAGUAGCGCUGGGCAUUUUAUUGUUGCCUGGUAAAUGGUUGUGGAGAAAUAGUGUGAUGAUUUUGAACAAGUAACUAUGUGAGCUGAGCUGUUAUGAACACAAUGGCUCUGGCGUUUUCCUCAGUCCUGCGUCGCUCACUUGUCAGUGGGCUUCGCAUUCGUCAGCUUUGCUCCAAUUCUUCACCCGUAGCUUUGACAGAACAGUGUGUGGCGCAACUGAAGAAGAUCUCUGGUGACAACGAGCACUUGCGCGUUUCUGUUGACGGCGGUGGUUGCUCCGGCUGGCAGUACAAAUUCACAUUGGAUUCUACUGUCAAUGAGGAUGAUCUGGUUAUUGAAGAGCAAGGGGUGAAGGUGCUUGUGGACACUGUGUCGCUCGAUGUAAUGAAAGGCAGCAAAAUUGACUACCAACAAGAGCUCAUCAGAUCAGCAUUUGUUGUCAUUGAUAACCCCCAAGCGGAACAAGGAUGUUCGUGUGGUGUCUCCUUUUCACUGAAAAUUUGAGCAGCCUGUUUUGGCCGCGGUUCGCUCAAAAGUUGAAUCUGCCCGUGCUAUUGUUGUGUGUGUGCCAAUCUUUGCACUUAGCAGCCAUGAUCUGAUUCCCGUCCCCUGCUAAAAAUCCAUCUCGGAAGUGACGCAGGAUGAGGCGUGGAUCAACAGUAUUUUACGGUACUAUCCUUGAAGAGAAGGCAAUGAAACUGUCCGGUAUCUUAUGAGAAGUAGUAAGAUACUGGUAUUUUACUACAUGUACUACCCAUGCUGUUCUUUUUGUCUUCUCUUUGUAUCGGAUUUACAAUGCUGUCGAUCCGAUGCAAAGAGACAUCAUAGUGUUAUCUAACUUUUUGGACUGAAUCAAUUAUGUGUGUACCCAGA